ACGAUUCAGUUGCCAGUAUUGACCUCAUCGUCGACUACCGGUACCCCUAACGCUAACGACUCAGUGCUCAGCACCGGUAGCUCAACGACCAGCGAACAACCCCUCACACCUGAAACUCCCCGUAAGCCUACGAUGGGAGUGGCUAUGAUCGGCAAAAAACGCCGGCCCUCUCAGGUCAGCAGCGAUAAGUCGGACAUCGAGUGCGCUCUACAACAGUACUAUAGUGGCACUGGCAGUACACCGCCUACCGGUGCUUCCCUUACACCUAAUCCUACCGCUCGUGUGCCCCGAAGUACUGGUGGUUCCGACUAUACGACCGGUACGGACACGGAGGACGAGUGGGCCAACAUUGUUAGGACUAUCGAAGUGGCCGGUCGUACCCUUAACGCCACCCCUACCCCGGCUGAGAGCAAAGGCGCUGAUAGACAACUACCGGCGCGAUGUGAUGGGAACGGUAGUAAUGAUCCCAUAGAUGACGACAAGUUAUGCCAUUUAGUGCUCAGUUUGCGUUCACUUCAGCGAACACUUACGGUAGGUGUGGGUUGUAAGGGAAUGGGAGGGUUGCCCGACCAGCACCUGGAGUUCGACGCCAUCAACCAACUGCUCAAUCAGCCCAUCACUACCGGC